UACUUUCAAGGAGCUGACCCAAUUACACUAGUGUGAUAACGUGACUGAUUGAUUGUCAGAAGCGAGGAUCACUAACAACAUCUAAUCAUUCGAGCACACCUGUGUGCUGAGGAAGAAAAUGUCCAACCAAACCGCUGUGACUGAGUUCCUUCUCAUGGGAUUCUCUGAUGUUCGGGAGCUGCAGAUUUUACACUUUGUGGUGUUUCUACUGCUUUACCUGAUAUCCCUGCUGGGGAACCUUCUCAUCGGCAUAGCCAUAGCCCUUGACCACCAUCUUCACACCCCCAUGUACUUCUUCCUCAUGAAUCUGUCCAUCCUAGACCUUGGCUCUGUCUCUGUCACCAUCCCCAAAUCCAUGGCCAACUCCCUCAUGAACACCAGAUCGAUUUCUUAUUCUGGAUGUGUUGCCCAAGUCUUUCUCCUCGUCUUCUUUGCUUCAACAGAUUAUGCCAUACUGACCGUUAUGGCAUAUGAUCGAUACGUCGCCAUCUGCCAACCACUGCACUAUGAGACUGUGAUGAACAGGAGAGCUUGUGUCCAAAUGGCAGCCAGUGCCUGGGUCAGUGUUAUUCUCUACUCUGCAGUGCACACUGGAAACACGUUUGCAGUAUCCUUCUGUGGAGGCAACGUGCUGGAUCAGUUCUUCUGUGAAAUCCCCCAGCUCCUCAAGCUUGACUGCUCUGACUCAGACCUCAGUGAAGUUGGGUUUCUCAUCUUUAGUUUAUUUUUAUGCUUAAGCUGCUUUGUUUUCAUAAUUGUUUCAUAUGUUCAGAUCUUCACCACAGUGUUUAGAAUCCCCUCUGAGCAGGGCCGUCAUAAAGCCUUCUCCACCUGCCUCCCUCACCUCAUUGUGGUCUCCUUGUUUGUUGGCACUUCCACUUUUGCAUACCUGAAACCCAUCUUCAGCUCUCCAUCAGUUCGGAAUCUCAUGGUGGCCGUUCUCUAUUCUGUGUUGCCACCAAUGAUGAAUCCGGUCAUCUACAGCAUGAGGAACAAGGAGCUCAAAAGUGCACUGAGUAAACUGAAAGGUUGGAGGUUAUUUAUUAAGAAUUAAGUGUCCAUAUUUAUCUUUUAAUCAUGAUUUCAUUCUGUGUUUCUUUAGAAAUGUAAUUAUCUGACAUUAUUGUCUUCAUGAGAACAUAACAUGCUAUCUCUUCAUGCAGAAUUGGGUAUUUGCACUAGUAAAAAUCCAAACAAAGUUGACUGAGGAAAAAAAAACAUUAUUAAAGGUACACCAAUGUAAAUAAGAUCAGAAUCUAUCUAUCUAUCUAUCUAUCUAUCUAUCUAUCUAUCUAUCUAGUAAUUAUAAAGUGUUACCCAUCACCAUACUAUAUGAGCACUUUGCACAUAAUGUCAGUAGCCAUAGCAAAAGUCUCUAGUGCAUUCUCUGGCUCUUCUUAUUUGGGGGGCUAAAAAUUCUGAUCGAGGUAUCAAUGUAUUUGCUGUUUGUUUCUCUGUUUUUUUAUUUAUUUUUGUUCAGCUGGUUGGUUGGUGGUUUAUUUUUUUUCUUUGUUCCAGGUGGUUUUGGAGGUGGAAAGUCCCAGGGAGAUAGUGAGUGUUUGGUUUGACAGGGUUUUCAAUGUUUGUCCUCUCUCAGGAGUGCCCAUAUGUCAUCUCUUUGAUGAGGUUUUUCUGAGCGUUCUGAAAAUUUGCUUCCCACAGUGAUAAAAGGGUGAAACGAGGUUUCUGCAUGGUUGAAUUCCUGCUGAAGUGACUAUGUAUAUACUGUUGGGGUAUUAUUAUAUUAUUAAUGAUGUGUUGGGGAACAAAGGGUCUCAGGGAGGCAUCUUUUUAUCAUUUUAACUUAAACGAUUAUGUAAAUACUGUGUCAUUGGUGCUGUGGUGGAAAGGCUCUUCUGAAGAGAAACUUUUUCAAGCAUUUCCUAAAGAAAAUCUGACUUGGGAUAAUGAGGCCAAAAUUGAAUCCCGUUGAAGUCAGUGUAGAUCUACUCACAUCCAAGCUGAGAAAGGAUCUCAGAAAUUAUUAGUUUUAGAAUACCAUCUUUGUGCAUGGCUGUGAACACUACAUAUAUGGUAGUCAAAGGCAAAGCAUGUGAUUAGAUAGACCUAACACACAACCUCUUUUUGUCAUAAAGAUGGAUUUUUUUAUUGUGAAUUAUGUUAGAUAGAUUAGAUUAGAUAAUUUAUGAACAUUAUUGUGCUUCUUUUCCUGUUAAUGAUUGUCUAUGUCCAAAGCAUGAU